AUGACAUUGUCACAUUUUGGCUAUCUUGCAGUUUUUCUGGCCGCACUCAGCCACGAGGAGACUUUCAGAAUUGCUGGUGGCACUCCCUUUGAUGAACACGGCAUUAUGGACUGUGCUGUCAAAAACCACCCUGUCAACAAAAAGCCGCCCUCAGAAAUGCAGCCUGUCAACGCAGCUGCUAACGCUGGCAACACGAGGCCUCCCUCAGAAAUGCUGCCUGUCAACCCACCUACUAACACUGGCAGCGCGAAGCAUCCCUCAAAAAUUCAGCCUGUCAACCCACCUGCUAACGCUGGCAACGCGAAGCCUCCCUCAGUAAUGCAGCCAUUCAACCAAGCUGCUAACGCUGGCUACAAUCGACUGCCGUCAAAAGACCAAAUUACCAGCACAGCCACUUAUGCCUUCUCUCUUGUGCCCACUCUACUGGUGUCCGCAUGGCUGUUCGCAGAGAUGCAGCUUUGCUGA